UCUAAAAAUUCCUCUUUAAUCCAAUAACUAAUCCCCAUACUUAAUCUAUCCCAUCUCCAAAACAAAACAGCCAAGAAUCACCUUUCUAUAUAUUUCCCACCUGAACUCAAUCUUCUUGUCAAUUCUGAUCUGCAAAUAAAAUAAAAAAGCCAUGAAAUACAAUGAAAUAUCCCAUUUUAGCCACCCUCAACACAAGCUGGGGUUUGAAUACUCGGAGUUGCCGUUCAAGUGCGACGGGUGCAAGGAGGCCGGAAUUGGAUCCCGGUACAAGUGCGCCACCUGCGACUACGACCUCCACAUGCAUUGCGCCAUCCCCACGCCGUCGAUCGCUCACCCUUUUUACACCAAAUGCUCCUUUCAGUUCCUGGCCCGCCCGCCGGGGAGCGUUCCCAGAUACUGCAACGCAUGCGAGAAGGACAUAAGUGGGUUCCUUUACCAUUGCAAGCUCUGCGGCUUCGACCUUCACCCCUGCUGCGCCAAGCUCCCCAUGGUGCUUGAUGACGGAGAAGUCAAGCUUUACUUGUACCGGAAGGUGAGUGCGUCGUGUCACCGGUGCGGGAGGAAGGGUCGGAGCUGGAGCUACCGGUCGACAUGCAAGAAGUACAAUCUGCACGUUGCAUGCGUGAAGGAGAUGCUGGUGGAAAGUUGGCAUGAGAUUUACUUUGGCAUGCAUAUGCGGAGAGGGAAUAAUAAUAAUGGAAAAUUGGAGACAAGAAUUCCUAGCUUGAAGGGGACCUUGCAGAGUUAUCACAGGAAGAGCAAAGGGACGAAGAUGAAAAAAUGCUGUGAGAUGGCUGCUCUGGCUCUCCAGUUUGUUAUCUCUGCUGUUCUCGGGGAUCCCACUUCUCUUAUUGCUGCAGUGGUGGCCUCACUCAUGUCUAAAUAAUUAUAUAUAUUAAAUUAUUAAUACUCUCUCUCUCUCUAUUAUAUAUAUAUACACAAGUGCGUGCUACAGAUAGAUUCUGAUUCACCGCCCGCCCACCCACCGUCUUCUAUCUUGUAGUGAAAUGGGAAAAAAAAAUGUCAGAUUUGUAAAAUAUUUGUUGAAAAACAUAUACAUAUUUCAUUCGCUUGA